CUGCCAUGGGCCCUUCACUCACUAUUUCUCCCUCUCUACACGUUUAACACCAGCCCUCCAAUCUCUCUCUCUCUCUCUCUCUCUCUCUAAAAAGCUUUGAGCUUCUGUGAGGGAGAAGCUCGCUAAGAUUAUUUGCAUCUAAUCUUGAUCCUUCCAAUGGCACUUACCGCAAGCAAGGUUUCAAGUGGUCCUAUGGUCACUAAUAGGACAACUAUUACUAAAAUACAUGGAAUCAAUUAUUCAUCUGCAAAUUCAGUACAUGAAUUACAUAAUACAAGUCAUAGACUUGAGCUUAGACAACAAAGCAAUGGACAUCUCUUGACAUUGAAGUUGAACUUUCCUGAGAAGGGGUUAUGCAGCGUAUAUGGAAAACGUGGUAACUAUGUCAUCUCUCGAGGAUCCUCUUUCAUAUGCUGGUCAACAGGGAUGCCUAAUACUGAAGCAAAGGAAUGUAUUCCACAUUAUGGUGAUUGUUCAGAUGUAGCUAGAUUGCAAGGUGGAGAUGUGGACGACGAGCAUCCGGCCUUGCCUGAGAGAACCAUCCACUCAAGUGAGAGAUUAGCUGAGGCUUGUAAAUUUGUUCACAAUGAUGCAAAAUUCGUUAACGAAAGGGUUCAGAAUGACAUUGUUUUGCUUUCUCGUGGCAUAAUGAGGUUGGAUGCUCGUGUACGUCAAGAUGUUGCUAUUCUUGGGUCAGAGUUUCUUAAGCUUGAUGCUCGGGCAAGGGAGGACACUGGGAAAAUUGACCAUGGUGUGAAGAAAAAGGCCGAACGUCUUCAUCAUAUUGCUACUAUCUUGAAAGACAAAGCUCAAUCUAGACUGAAAAGCGUCGCAGACCAGCACUGGAGUGAUGGAGCUUUGGAGGCUGACUUGCGACGUGCAGACUUUUGUGCCAAACAACGUGCGAUGGAAGAUGCCCUAAUGGCUUUGGAGUUUGUCAAAAACAUCCAUGACAUGAUGGUGAACAAGUUGUACAAGUUUCCUUUGCGCAGGAGAAAGGGUUUCCUCUCAGCUAAUGGCACAAUUGGGCGUAUAAUGAUUGAAAAGAAUGGGAAAACUCUUGAUUUCUUUCCAGGAGAAGUGUCUGCUGGUCGCAUUACUGCCAUUCAGGAGGCUUACUGGAGUAUGGCAUCUGCACUCUCUGAAGCUGAUGGAAUUGACUACACUGAUCCUGAAGAGCUCGAGUUGUUGGUUACCACGCUUAUAGAUCUUGAUGCAAUGGAUGGUAAAAGUAGUGUAUCGUUAUUGGCCGAGUGUUCAAGUUCUCCUGAUGUUAAUACUAGAAAAGCAUUAGCUAAGGCAUUAGCAGCAGCCCCGUCCAUGUGGACUCUUGGAAAUGCAGGCAUGGGAGCAUUGCAGAGACUCGCUGAAGAUAGCAAUCCAACGAUUGCUGCAGCAGCAUCGAAAACUAUCUACGAACUAAAGAAACAAUGGGAAAUAGAAGAGGGGGACAGUUGGAGGUUCAUGAUGAAUCAAAAGACCACCAUGGAGGAGGAAGAAAACCAAGAAGCUGACAAUGACAAAGCAACGGACUAAGAGGUGUUUAUGUGAUCAUACUGUAGAUAUUGACGUGAUGGACUGUGUAACUGUUACACUAAAAUUGAUAAAUCUACUAAUAGAAGGUAGGUAUUAAUGUUACAGAGAACUGUAUGAUCUGCCACUUGUAUUUUGUUAAGUUCCUCAGUCUAAGUUUAAUUGUUUUUUGAAUUA